AUGGAACAGAUAACCUGGAGUCUGAAUCAACUGGCGAUUGGAAUCCAUCCAGAAAAGGAUUUCUCUGGGAACCCUUACCGUGGACGAUAUGCCCCUGGCACACAGAUCGCAGGUUGGUGUGGGCGUGGCAAUGCCCAGCUGCCCGCAAAAAUGAUUUGCCUCUGCGGCCGAUUCAAAGCCUGGGCAUCUGCCAAUCAGCUGUCGACUCCUGCCACGAUGACAGCUGGUAUGCUAGGCUGGGAAGGUGGUGCAUAUCCGAGCUUGAACCUGAAGGCCUGGAACUCGAGGCUCAUUCUAAGCUACUUUGAGCUCGUGCUUCGAGAAAUGCUUCGCCAAAUUGAAACUUCGGACAUGGAUGGGCUCUUGAUUCAGGAGCUUCGUUUGGCAUCAGCUGCAACCACAGCGAUGGCUAGCUUCAUGGAUCAAAUGGAAAGGGCUGGUCGAUACCUGGAACCUUCCGAAGCAAGGGCUAUGGAUGAUGCGUGCCAUACGUUCUUGAACCUCUAUGAGAUCUUGAUCCUUCUGAGCCUUCGUCGAGGCAGGCCUCGCUGGAAGGCU